AUAUUCCAUGAGAACUCUAUCCAUGUAGAUAUUAAUAGCCAUUACAUUGAAUUGAUUCAUGCAUUUAAUAUCAGUGAGAUAUUAUAUCUAUUUAUAUCAGUAGACAUCAAAUCGAACUGCAUAAUAUACAUGCAUAGGAUUCAUGCAUACAUUUAGUGCAAGUGGUGUAGAAAAGGUGAAAAUAACGAACAGUGAUCUAUCUCAAAACUCCUAUAAGCAAUACAAAAAGAGAGUUGGGAAAACACAGACCCCUGGAUAUACCAGAGGUGAGAUCAGGUGCCUAAGUGGAGUAACCAUCCCCUGUCGACCGGUGACAAUGAAUAAUGAAUUGUCAUUGAGUUGGACUAUGUAGUUAGUACGAAUAAGACAACAUAUCCAGUCAUAUAAAUAGUUUUGAUAUAACAAGGAUUCAAUGACUUGAAUAUUUCUAUAGUGUACUGGUAUUUAACGAAGAUCGUUAAUCACAAACGUGUAGCCAUCUCCUUAUGACAUGUUGUAUAUUUUACAUUUGAUUAUGAUUUAUUCCUUAACCUCAUUAUUUUGAAACAGUCACUUGCAUAAAUGUUCAAUAGGUGUAAACAAACACUUGUCCUAUUACGGUUAUGAAAAGUGAUAGCUUUACAAGAUAUAAGAGUUUAAACUCAGAUAUGCAAAGUCACAUCUUUGUUAAGCCCUUUGGAUUGCUGAAUAUAAUAUCACCAAAUGAAGUUAGCAUUAAGGUUUUUGUGGAUAAUCAAUUAUUGGAAUACUUGAUAUGACAACUUCAAGUGGGAGAAAGUCAACGCUAUCGAGAGAAAAUUAUGACAAGUCCAACAGACGCUAUGUGGUGUUUGCUGGUUCCCUGUUCAUUCAUUUCAUCGUCAUAUCAAUGGCGCCUGCGAUGUUGGGGAUCGUGUAUGUUGACGUCAUUAGAGAAUUUAAAGCAGAUGCCUCCUUAGUGGCCUUAAUGCAGUCCUUGUAUCGCGGGAUCGUGUUUGGAGGAGGACUGAUAGCGGAACUUGUUAUAAGACGAGUAGGAGAGUUCCCAUGUAUGAUGGCUGGGUCAUUAUUAGGAAGCCUUAGUUUUCUAGCGGCAGCAUUUUCGAAAAGUUUAAUCGCAAUUGUUCUUCUUGUUGGUGUUGGAGGAGGGUGUGGAUUCGUGUUUCCGGUAUUCUUGUCUUUUGUCAAUGUUAGAAGAGCCUUUUAUAGUCAUUCGUCCGCUGCAAAAUUCCUUACUGCUAUGACCAUUGGAGCUGGAGUGGGGUUGUUGGUGACUCCUUAUAUGACCGAAUUUUUCCUAAGGGAGUUUGGAUGGCGAGGAACAAUCAUGAUGGCUGCAGGGUUAUUCUUUCACCUUAACCUGAUUGCUGUAGUUGUGAAAAUAAAUUUACCGCCUUCAGAAGAGACGAAAGAAUCUAAGAAUUUCAAGUGGAGGGACCAAGUUGCCAUUUUCAAAAGCAGACCGUUUUCAGUUUACAUAUUUGAUGUUUUUCUCUUCGGAAUGUUUGGUUUUGCUGAGACUUGGUUUCUUCCGGAUUUCCUCGUCUCAAACAAUUACACCAAAGAAGAUGCUGCCUUGUUGCUGACAGUAAGCGGUGUAUUCAAUCUCGGUGGACGAAUAUUCGCGGUACCUCUAUCAUCGUUCUUUAGUCGACCCAAGAUACUGUACCAUUGGAGCUACAUCUGUCUAGCCUUGGCUCUCAGUCAUGCGCUAUACCCAUACUUCCUCCAGUCCUACCUCGUUUUGAUACUCGCCUCCGGACUUUACGGUAUUUGUGAAGGGCUACUGAAUUCUCAGGGAGGAUCCGUUGUUCUUCAAUCACUCCCUAUGAAUCUUUAUCCAUUAGGAAUAGCAACAGACAUAACGUGUUAUGGAGUGUCUUCUGCUGUUGGUGGAUACAUUGGUGGAUUCAUUCGUGACGUCACAGGUGGAUAUGAUGGUGUCUUCUAUGUGGCAUCGAUAUCAUCCAUUUUCUGUUCAUUUGCAUCACUCCUUUUAAUUCUCGUGGACAAACUGUAUAGGAAGAAAGACAGAAAAAACGUUCAUAGUACCACUAUUUCAAUAAUUUCACAUCUCUAAAUACAAUGUGGUAAAAAUACUGAUAUCCCAUGAUUUGUAUGUAACUACAUUUUCAAACUUGAGAAAAGCAAACGAAAUUAGAACUCAAUUGCAAAUGGAUGGUUUUAAAAAUAGUAUCCUUAACUUGCUAUCAUCGAUGGCAUCUUUAAGGAAUGUAUAUGUAUGUUUAAUAAACAAACAAGUUGCUCUCCAUUGAAAAA